AUGGUGGGACUAUUCGGAAAGAAAAAGGACCCGAAGGAGCAAGUACGAGAGCUGCAGAGAAAGAUGCGACAAGAGAUGAGGACGCUCGACCGUCAAGUUUACAGCAUUCAACGUGAGGAACAAAAGCCCAGCCAUCGGCAUUCGUCGACCACAAUCAGACGCGAGAAUGGGUGCUCUCCUCGGCCUUUCACACAACAUCGUCAUCGACAAACACAUCAAUCACAACAACAUCGAUCAGUCUCCACUGCUCCCGCAUUUGUUGUCGCCCUUCCACCGGUGGAAGAUCCAGAGAGCUCAGCAGAGCCUGCCACGGUCGACAUCGAGUCGAUGGAAGAGUUUGUAUGCAAAUGGGCAACAUGCGGGAAAGAGUUCACAACCAAACAGCCCUUCUAUGAUCAUGUUAAAACCAUUCAUGUCAAUCCAAUUAUUGAGUACAUUUGUGAGUGGGAAGAUUGUAAGAGAAAAAAGAAGCCCUUCGAAGCUAACUACAAGCGCGUCGGGGAUCUCAAAGUCCACAAACGAUCUCACACCGGCGAAAAGCCAUACAAGUGUACCAGAUGUGGAAAGGCGUUCAGUAAUUAUAGUGAUCAAGCCAAACACCAAAAUCAAACCCAUUCAAAUGUGAAGGGUUUCAAGUGUCAAUAUGAAGGAUGUCCGAAGGCUUACACCGAUCGAGGAAGCCUCCGCAAGCACUUUAGAGGGAGUCACGGUGAUAAGAUGAAUGAAAAGAAAAAGAAAAUGAACAAGUUAAUGGAAGCUGGCAAACGAUGGCCGAAAAAGAGCAAGAAGGGUUGUGGCUCAAAAUAUCGUGAAAGCAACAUCAGGCCUGGCUCUGGAGGGCGAGAAGGUGAGACGAGUGCGAAAAAUGGAAACGAGAAGCCGAUCAGUGGGCUUCGGCUCAACGUUGAAGGAUAUCUCACUGCUGCUGCAGAAUUGGGAGAAAUCGCAGAAUCGGAAGCAAUUGAGCUGGGACUUCCAGAAGGGAGGCGUGAAGGCAAUCAAAUCUACAGAAGUGCCAACUUCGGGCCGCUUUAUGAACAAACUGGACGCAUGCGGGUUGCUGGCUAUGAAGAAGAUCAAGACAUAGCUGAGGUUGUUAGUGUAAAAUCAAUCAGUGAGCAAGUUCGAGCCAAACACCAAAACGCCCAUUCAGAUGAGAAGCGUUACCUGCGCGGUUAUCAAGGAUGUCCGAAGGCUUACACCGAUGGACAACGAUGGACAAAUGGCCCUGACUCGGCAGGACCUUCAUCGGAAUUGGAA